GACAUCACAUCCCUAGCUGAGCAUGCUGAGUUUCUAAGGCGCGAACACGCAAGAAGAGCCAGCAACGCGCGACGACCAACGCAAACAAAUCAGAGAUCGGUAUAUCAGAAACAUUUCAAAUGGGAACUAGGAGAGUUUACUUUCUUGCCCAUGGCAGGGUUCAAGGUGUUUUCUACCGAAAGUUCACAGCCAACCGAGCCCAAGAGCUCAACCUAACAGGCUGGGUUCGUAACCGAUCCGACGAAAAGGUCGAAGGAGAAGCCCAAGGAGACGAAACCUCUGUUGCCCAGCUCAUAAAGGACUUGAAGAAGGGACCGACGCACGCGCUUGUUUCCAAACUCGAUGUGGAGGAUAGAGAGUUGGUGGAUGGGGAGUCGGGGUUUCAGGUUAGAAGGGGCUGAUUUGAUGAUGAGGAGGAAGAGGAGGAGGAGGGGUGAUGGCAGUCUCAGAUGUUGGAGAGGUGAUGGCCUGGAAGAUGUCUUGAAGUUCAACUCUGUGAUGAAUUGAAAGGUAUAACAGCAUUAUGGAAGAAAGAUUUUCGACCGGUGGUUGUGUCACGGGAAAAUAUCAGCCAUCCUGGUCUAGACGUAAUAAAAUAGACCUAGGCUCCUGGAAACCUAAGUGAAAACGAUACAGGGGUAGCUUGAACAG